AUGUCCUGCGCCAUCGUCCAGGUCUUCGAGAUGCCUGUCCGUGUGAACUACGAUCCCGCCUGCGAUCGGAAUUUCCGGCGCAAUUACCACGACCAGUUUCUGCAAUGGAUCAACACUACUAUCAACGGAGACAUCAUUGACUUUGACCGAGCUUUAGUGUUCAACGGAUUACACCUUACUGUCGGUACCUACGAUCCCAACCCAACUCCGCAUGCAGGUCCGUUAGCCACGGCGUUGGAAGUUCAGGCGGCAAUCACCACCAAAUUCAAAACCAACGGCGACAAUACAAUCCCGGCCUAUGAGAUCAGAGAACGUCUGCGAGCGCAAUCCAAGCGGGGCACAGGAGUCUUUGUGACGCCAGUGGCGAGCAAAUAUCAACAAGCUCAGGUGAUUUAG